UUCCGGACGGGGAAACACGCAAGGCUGGAGAGUAGCGUUGCCUUGUCGACGAAGAGUUGAAGAAAUCGCAGCGAUUGGGGCAUCUCGAAGUGCUCAUACUGCAUAUCCUCCAGCUCAUCAGCCUCCGUGCUCACAGCGGCUGGAAAAGCCUUGGAAUGGAGCGCGGCGCCGGUGGAGCGCACAGGCAGGGGAGCCCGGCGGCGGGGGACAGGGUUUUCGUGGCCGUUGACGAGGUGAACGGGGGCAGCACGUUGCUGUGGGCGCUCCGGAACCUGGCCAAGGAGGACACCAUGAUCGCGGUGGCUCAUGUCCACUGUCCGCCGCAGAGCAUCCCCGUAACGGGGGUACAAGUUCAUCAUACCAAGAUGGAUCCACAAGUGGUCGACGCCUACCAAAAGAAGGAGCUGGUGAGGGUAGAGCAGAAACUAGAUGAGUAUGGCCUGAUAUGCAGAAGACAAAUGGGACAAAAGUUCCGUUGUUGGAAAGUAACAAUUGUAAAGGAUGAAGUUGCCAAAGGGCUUGUGGAGCUUAUUUCUCUUCAUGGCAUCACCAAGCUUGUCAUGGGAGCAGCACCAGAUGAACGCUACUCAGACGCUUUAUUUUCCUGGAAAGGUCCCUGGUCUGAGACAACACGCAGACUGAUGCAGGCAAGCAACACGUGCAAAAUAUGGUUUACUUGCAAAGGACAUUUGAUAUGUACCAGGGAAGGAAAUAAAAAUUAUUUUGCAAUACCACCAUUACCAAUUGAAGAGGCACUUCGUGAGGCUCAGCACUUAAAGGAAAAAGUAUCUGAAGAAACAAACAAGCGCCAAAAAGCUGAACUGGAUCUGCUUUCUGCUCUUGACACGAUCACUGAGUGGAGAAUAUUGCAUCAACAUGAGAGGCGCCAGCGGGAAGCAAUCGAGGAACAACACCUGAGAGAGAAACAAGAAGUUAGAGAAAUGAUAAAACAGUUUGAAGCAGUUUACGAUCAACUAGAUGAUGCGCAAGAGCUGAAGUUGCGCAUGUUAGAAAUGGAGUCUGCUAGAAAAGAUCACAGGGAGGAGCUGGCAAUGAACAAGUACCGUGUUGAAACGCUUCAGGAGGACAACAAGAAGCUGCAGCAAGAGUUGAGAAGGUGCAUAACAGAAAUGCAGUCCGCUAGAAAAGAACACGAAGAGGAGUUGGCAACGAGCAAGUACCUCGUCGAACUGCUUCAAUCAGACAAAGAGAAGCUGCAGCAAGAGCUACGAGCUGCGUUAACUGAAGCUGAAGACUUGCGCGGGAAGAGCUUGCUGUCAUCAACAUCUGAGCCAGAUAACACCUCUCCGCCAUCGUACUUUGUAUGUCCAAUUUCUCAGGAUGUGAUGAACGAUCCACACGUUGCAGCAGAUGGGUUCACCUAUGAAGGCGAGGAAAUCAGGGGAUGGCUCGACAGCGGGCACGACACAUCGCCCAUGACGAAUCUGAAACUCUCUCAUUUCGUGUUGACCCCAAACAGGGCGCUCCGUUCGGCGAUUCUCGAAUGGCGGCGGCAGCAGCAGCAGCAGCAGCAGAACUCGACAUGACCGCGUCGCGAACGCGCCUGGCCGCUCCUUGGGAGUGGGAUCCGCGGCGGCGUCUCGGGCAAGUCUCGGUCUGCACACUCCCGAUCCUGAUACAGAGGAUAAGGUGUGUAACUGAGACUGCGAAGGGCAAGAUGAUCACUUUACACGUUCGGUCUCAGUGCUUUUAAACCGUUAAAUUGUAACGGAAGGUGGACAAAAUGGUAUA